AAGAUUUGCAUAAAAAAUCGUAGCAAAUCAAAAAUAUUUAUAUCUUAAUUGUACAUCACAGACAAGGAGAGCAAAAUGGGCGGCUGGGUGCUGGAAGUGGCCAAAAUGGCAUUGUAUUUAACCUUUCCAGUAGCAGCAUUUCAUGUAUUCAAUUCACCCGAAUAUUUUGAAAAGUAUGUCAUUGAGAAAAAGCGUGAAAUGUAUCCACACGAAGACGAACUGUAUCGCGAAGAAGUUAACCAACUAUUUCGUGAUAUGAAUAACGGCAAUUUAGACAAUAAAAUUAAGCAAUUUAAUAAAAUGGAAAGUGAACGUAAGAAUAGGCAAGAAACCAAUGCAGCAACCGCCACCGCUACCAAUUAGACCUAAUCGAAAAAUUGAAACAAAACUUUAGUGAAUAAAUGCAUAUUAUAGAUUCGA